UGAUCUUUUGAAUGGUUUUGCAGGGUAAUAACUGAAGUUAUGAGGACUCAAAACAUUCACAAGUUUGUCGCAGCUGUAGAACCUCUGAUUCGAAAAGUUGUAAAAGAAGAAGUUGAGUCAGCUUUUGCAAAUUACUUGUCUAGCAUGACAAGACAAAGUGUGAAAGAAAUAUCUCCAUCUACCUCGAGAAGCUUACAGCUGCAAUUCAAGAAUAAGCUUUCUCUUCCUAUAUUCACUGGUGCUAGGAUCGAAGGGGAGGACUCUUCUGGCAUAACGAUAAUUUUAGUUGAUGCUGUGACUGGACAAGUUAUCACCUCUGGUCAGGAGUCCUCGAUGAAGGUGGAAAUAGUGGUUUUGGAGGGUGAUUUUGAAGGUGAUGAAGAGGAUAAUUGGACAUUCGAGGAAUUUAGCAAUAAUAUUGUGAAGGAAAGGGAAGGAAAACGAUCACUGCUUACUGGAGAUGUUUUUGUUGAUCUUAAACAAGGAAUUGGUGUAGUAGGGGAGCUAUCAUUCACAGAUAACUCUAGCUGGACACGCAGUAGGAAGUUUAAGUUAGGUGCGAGGACUGCAGAUGGUUAUUUCAAUGGCGUCAGAGUAAGAGAAGCAAAGACUGAGUCGUUCAUGGUCAAGGACCAUCGCGGGGAAUUGUACAAGAAGCAUCAUCCUCCCUCCCUGGUAGACGAGGUUUGGCGCUUAGAGAAGAUCGGCAAAGACGGCGCUUUCCACAAACGAUUGGCUUGUGAGAACAUUAAUACUGUCAAAGACUUCCUCACCUUACUUUCCCUCGACGCUACAAGACUUCGAAAUAUAUUAGGCAGCGGCAUGUCGGCAAAAAUGUGGGAGGCCACCGUGGAACAUGCAAGGACCUGCGUUCUCACCGAGCAGUUGCAUAUCUACUAUCACCCUGACGGUGAAAAUAAAUCCGGUGUCGUUUUCAAUGUCGUCGGAGAGGUGAUGGGAUUAGUUUGUGACCAGCGAUUUCUCCCGAUCCGGGAUCUCGAAGAUAAGGAGAAGGAAGAAGCGCGUGUGGUCGUAAAACUAGCAUAUCAACACUGGAGCAGCGUGUUAGCCUGCGAUGCUCGGGACCUCUUGGGUAAACAUUUGCAUUCAUUUCAGUCGGCGACAGAGUCUCCUGGUGCCAUCUCUGGCUUUUCAUCCCCGGUGGUCGAGGCUGAUUGCUUUGAUUUGAGCCGUUCGAGCAUGCUCUCACCAGACAUUUUCUCCAUCGGAGCGACGAGGAUAUUCGACGAUUGUACAUCGCCAAUCAUGGUAAGUGCAGAAGAGUCUAGGGGCGACAUGGAAAGAUUUCACAGUUCUCUCGUCUACAACACUAUUGACAAUACUAGCGAGUGUAGCGGCCAACCAUUUCUUGGCGACGACAGCUGGGGCCAUUUUAUCGAUUCGGGUAUUCCCGCUUUCGACACGGCCGAUAUAGGAGCUGCGGUCACGGGAUUCAUCGCGAUGUCAACGCGAAAGACAACGACCCACAGCGGAAAAUCGUAUAAGGGAUGGCGGAUGCUGUCAUCUGUGUUGAGAUGGGUAUUCAACAUCAAAAAGGUCGUCGCCUCAAAGAGAAAAUUACGCGGAAAAGAGAAAUUCGGGUAAAAAUGCUUUGGAGUACAGAAGUUUACAAAAAAGAAGCAGUAAAGAAGAUGCUUGAUCUGCAUGUCAGCACUAUUGAGUCAAGGGUUUGGUUUUCAGAUGGUUUUCUUUUACUGUAAAUGCGGUAACUCGCCUCAGUUUUGGUUCAGGUUUCUUUGAAAGUUGUAAAUAGUAUGUUCUGAUAGAAAGAAACAUGCCUGAAGUGGGAUUUUGUUUGGGUGGAAGUUGCAUACAACAGGAGGUAAAUUCAUUACCUUAAAAUUUCUCAGUGUACAUGCUUUCUUUUUUAUGUGCAUGUAUUAGAACUCAGCAUCCAUUGCACUUAAUAGUAGCAUCCAUUUAUGGAUAGUUCCCUUUUGGAGUCUUAAUAUGUUUA